AUGGAGCCUGCAGCCGUGCUGCUUCUGCUGCUGCUGGUGGCCCUCCUGGGUUGGGGGCUGCGGGGCCGAGGGGGGCCCGAUGGCCUGCCCCCGGGCCCGCUGCCCCUGCCCCUCCUGGGGAAUCUGCUGCAGCUCGACCCCACCCGCCUCUACCAAUCUCUCAUUAAGCUGAGCAGCCGAUACGGGCCGGUGUUCACAGUGUACCUGGGGACCCGGCCUUGCGUCGUACUGAACGGUUACGAGGCCGUGAGAGACGCCCUGGUGCUGCAGGGCGACCGGUUCAGCGGCCGCGGGGACCUGCCCGUCUUCCACCGCUUCACCCGGGGCAACGGCAUCGCCUUUUCCAACGGGGAGAAGUGGCGGGUGCUGCGCUCCUUCGCCCUGACGUCGCUGAAGAACUUCGGGGUCGGCCGGCGGAGCAUCGAGGCCCGGAUCCAAGAGGAGGCCCGUUACCUCGGGCGCGAGCUGGCCAAGACGGACGGCGCCCCCUUCGACCCCCUGAACCUGAUCUGCAACGCCGUCUCCAACGUCAUCUGCGCCGUGGUGUUCGGUCAGCGCUACGGCUACGACGACGGCGACUUCCUCACCCUCCUGGGCUUGUUCAAUGACAACUUUCGCCUCAUGAGCUCCCGCUGCGGAGAGCUGUACAACAUCUUCCCGGACCUGAUGCGGCUGCUCCCCGGGCCCCACCAGCGCAUCUUCUCCAACUUCGAGAAGUUGCGGGUCUUCAUCUCGGAGCGGAUCCGCUGGCACCAGGAGACCCGGCGGCCCGGCCAACCCCGCGACUUCAUCGACUGCUUCCUCGACCAGAUGGACAAGGAGAAGCAGGACCCGCUGACCCACUUCCACCGGGAGACGCUGGUGAUGACGACGCACAACCUGUUCUUCGGGGGCACCGAGACGACGAGCACCACCCUGCGCUCCAGCUUGCUGCUCCUCCUCAAGUACCCGGAUGUGGCAGAGCGGGUCUACGCGGAGAUCGACGAGGUGAUGGGCCGCACGGGGGCGCCCCGCCUGGACCACCGCGACCGGAUGCCCUACACCCACGCCGUCCUGCACGAGGCCCAGCGCUUCGUCAGCGUCCUGCCCACGGGCCUGCCCCGCGCCCUCACCCGCCACACCCGCUUCCGAGGCUACUUUCUACCCAAGGGCACCAACGUGAUCCCGCUGCUGGUCUCCGUCCAUCGGGAUCCGACCCAGUUCAAGGACCCCGAGACGUUCAACCCGGGCAACUUCCUGGACGAGAAGGGCGCCUUCCGCAACAGCGACGCCUUCAUGCCCUUCGCUCCAGGGAAGCGCAUCUGUCUCGGGGCAGGCCUGGCCCGCAUGGAGAUUUUUCUCUUCUUCACCAGCAUCCUGCAGCGUUUCCGCCUGUGCCCUCUGGUGCCCCCGGAAGCCAUCGACGUCACCCCGCAGUACACGGGGCUGGGCAACGUGCCCCCGCCCUACAAGCUGCGCAUGGUGGCCCGCUGAACCCUCGGCCCGCGCCACCUGCCUGCCCUCGCUUCCAACCCACACCCCCCUCCCCCAGAUUCAGCAUCGAUUCCCCCGACGGCCCCCGUCCUCCCCUGCCGCUACUUGCCGUACCCGUGCCGGGACGGGCAUCGCGCCUCCCGGCCCUAAUAAACCCACCGGAACGCA